AUGAACCAGGAAGGGGGUCUGUGGGCACUCCUGCCGUCCAAGGUCUCCUCCCGAGAUCAAGUGACGGGGCACAAGCUCGCGCUGCUGGUCCUCGUCUCGGAGUACUGCCGUGUCAAGACCGAGCGGCACCUCAAGCCCGACCAGGAAUUGUGGACGCACACGACCAAGCAGUGUCGGGACUUCGCCAUCACCGCUCUCAAGCUGCUCCAGAGCCCAGACAUGAGUCUGGGCGAGCUGCUGAGCUGCCUCGACGGCGUCCUGCACCCAAACACCAUGCGGCUCUUUACCGUCAGCCUGAGGACCAUCUACGACGCCGGGGUAGCGGGUAUCAUGGACUACAUCCCGAAUCUGGACAACCUCCUCGCGGACCCCACCGCGACGCCCGCCGUUCUGCACAAGAGCAGCGUCCUUGGUCUGUUCGUUCGUCGGAUGCUUCUGGCACUUGACAAGCUCAACUUCAGCGGUUUGGUGAAGCUGCACCAGAGCUUUAGGUCGUAUUACGACGCCGAGGGGAACGGAGAUUCGAAGGCGACGCAGCGGCAGGCGGAUCUGUUCCUCGCUCAGCAGGUCACGCUGAUGCAAGUCAACGAGAAGGCGGCCCUGCCGCCGCCUCAGCUCCAACAAAAGCUCCGCGAGCUCGUCGGCGGGAACCCUGCCCUCACAGAAGCGCACUACGUGUCCUUUCUCAACUGCCUCUCGGUAAAGGAGUACUUUGGCGCCGUGGAGAGCUUGCGGCAGCACUUCGACCGCACCAGUGCUCCGGACGCGAGCUCCAAGCCUGGUCCGAUGGCGACGGCGGCAUCCUCCGAAGACAGUGGCCGUAAUCUUCGCUACGCGUCCCUCCACCUCGCCAUGCUUCACGCUAAGAUGGGCCACGACGCCGAGGCCCGGGCCGCCCUGCGCGAAGCUGUGACCCUCGCGCAGGACGCCAACGACGUAGUGUUCUUACAACACGCGCUCGCCUGGCACUGCCGCCUGGACGGGGCCCGCUGUCCGGAGGCCCAACUGCGGUGCUCGGUCACCAGGGCCUCUGAAUUAGGCCUGUGCGGCAUUGCCUCACUAGGCAUCCAGGCGCUUACAAGAGUCGGCGCCGAAGCGGGCUCGCCACCGGCAGCCGCCCUCGAGCUCUUGUCCAGGAGUGAAGUGCUCAACUUCCAGCAUCCACAGGGAGAUACCGGCAUUGGUACAGUUACGUCACAGAAGGCUGCCCUCUGGACAUUGUACGGGUUUCAGCGAAUGGCUAAUCUCCAGGCGCAGUUGCUGUUGCAGCUAGGAAGGGCCGAUCAGCUACGCACGGCCGGCGUCGUUCCAAUGGGGGAACCUGCCUGUCUGGCCUUGCGCAGUCUCGCUUGGGCGUUGAUUCACGGGCGAUAUAACGACUCAACCAGCCUCCUAGACUUGGCCUCAACGCUCUUCCCGGCCUACUCAGCAUGCCAGAACCUGGUCACUCUGUGCCGCCUCGAGUGCAGCUUUCACGAAGCACUCCACAAGACCCUUUGGCCUAGAGCUGAGGGGCUAGCAUCCGGAAUACGGAUACUGAACCGCUUCGAAGGGGACCUCUGCAAGGUCAAACUCCUUCUCUGGCAGGGACACCUCAACGAAGCCCUGGACCUUGUCGACACGGUUCUUGCAAUUGAGGACAUUAAGGGGACGGGUGACGGAGACAACACGAGCAAUUUUGAGGGCAGCCUUCCCCACUUUAAAGGGAGGUGUUACCUUCUCAAGGCAGAGAUUCUAAUUUAGUCGUCCCAGCCCGUGCUUGCUAUCCCAGUCCUGUGUGAGGGCCUCACCCUAGCGGAGAAGCACCAUCUGUCCUACCUGCGGGCCAGCUUAGUGGUCCUGAUGGCGGGGGUUCAGUUUGAGGUGGGGCUUCCGGGGCAUGCGUGCACUUUACUGGAAGAAGUGGUUACAGUAGUGCUGUCACAAGGGGGCCUGGUGGAUGUCGGACAGCUAUACCUGCUCCUGGCCAAGUGCCGGUUCAAGAGCGAGGGACAUGGGGGACUGGAGAGCGCUGUGCAUCUGGCCUCGUCUGCUUUGAAGUGCUACGAGACGGUAGAGUCGAAGCGAGGCAUCAGGGAGUCUGCCUAUUGGCUGGCAUUGCUGUGCGACAAAGCUGGCAUGGAGGAGAGGCGCAACGAGGCAGCCAGGACGUUUCGUAGAGUGGACGAACAGAUGGCUGAAAAACUGCUGUACGAAUUGUGAGGCUGUCUUUCUAGGUUAUCUACCUCAACCUCUCCCUUUUAGUUCAAGUUAAAGAGGUGUAUGGUCUUCCACUGUAAACAUCAUCACAUGAGAACAUUUUGAUUAGGGGUAAUGUUUACGAGGCUUGUAGGUCAUAGCUGUGUGGUGGCAUUCCAGGUCCGUUCUUAUGUGUAGUGCCAUUGCCGUGUCGGACACCUCAAGGCGCAUCCUGAGGCAAGCUUCAGGCGGGGAAAUUUUACUACGUUAUAAAAACUGUAAUUCGUUCGUAGAAAUUCAAAUACAGCAACAUGUUAUGGGAAAUGGCCUCAUUUGAUUGUUUACUUUAUCAAGCCAGAGCAUCUUAGAUAUCAGUUUUGGUCCAGAGAACUUUAAAAGGGUUUGUUAUUGUGAGAAGAAUGCUUUUUUGUGCAGUAUCAUCUAGAAGA